CCGAAGUCAGGCGGGCCCAAGAAGCUCGUGGUGAAGCUCAGGGAGGCUCCUUCGAUCACGCACCCCGAAAAUGACAAACAGAGGGACCACCUCCGGGCGGCCGUCAGGGCUAUUCAGGCUCGCUCCAACAAUACGCAGCGCACUCUAGAGGUGUUCAGCUUGGAGGAGCUGUUCAGCAGCGUGCAGACGCAAGUGGAGGCGCAGCAGGGUCCUGCGCUGCACGCCCUGCUGGGCGACGAGUUCGGCAGCUGUGCGGCGGCAGAAGUGGCGGCACUGGCGUCGCACCUGGCGCUGGACACCACCACCUUUCUGCAGCGGCUUGUGGCCCUGUGGGAGCACUAUUCCCACCACCUCGACCUGAUCAGGCAGGUGUUUCUGUACCUGGACCGUGCCUAUGUGGUCAGCAACCCCGGGACGCUCAACGUGUUCCAGCUGGGCCUGCAUCAGCUGCGCUGCCAGCUGCAGGCGCUGCCACAUGUGCACCAGCGAAUAGUGGAUAGCAUGCUGCAGCUUGUAGAGGCGGAACGCAGCGGCGAGGCAGUCAACCGUUACCUGCUCAAGCACACAGUGGCCAUGCUCACCAAUCUGCGGCUGUACGAGGAUGGGGCACGCGACAUGCUGCUCAGCAGUGCCAUACAGUACUACAACCGCGAAGGAAGCAGUUUGAUUAAUGAGCUGGAGCUUGCCGCCUACCUUGUGCACUGUGAGCGGCGGCUGGCAGAAGAGUUCAACCGCUGCGAGGCGUAUCUGGGGUUCGCACUUCGUAAACCGCUGAAAGACAUUCUCGACCAAUGCCUGCUGGAGGCGCACAUGAGCAGCAUCUUAGACAGCAGCAUGCGGCUGCUGGCGUCCUGCCAGGAGCAGGACCUUGGACGGCUAUACAGCAUGUGCGCUCGAAUAGGCGCAUUGCAAGGGCUGCGGCUUGUUUUCCGCGAUUACAUCAGGACUGCUGGGUCUGCUGUGGUGAUGGAUGAGCACAAGGAGGAGGAGAUGGUGUCGCGCAUGCUGAAGUUCCGUGCGGACAUGCUGUCUGUUCUACGCAACAGCUUCGCCAACCAUGCCGAGUUUGCCCAGGCACUGAAGGAGGGGUUCGAGGCCUGCUUGAAUUCCCGCACAGACAAGCCAGCCGAGCUGAUAGCUAGGUAUUUGGACAGCAUUCUGCGGCGCGGCAGCAAGGCGGGGGCACAGGAAAGCAGCCUGGAGGAAGUGUUGGAUGCGGCGCUGGCGCUGUUCCGCUACGUCCAGGGCAAGGACAUCUUCGCCGCGUAUUUCAAGCGUAUCAUGUCGCGCCGGCUGCUCAUGGGCCGGAGUGCCAGCAUGGAUGCGGAGAAGCUGUGCAUAUCAAAGAUCAAGGCAGAAUGUGGACCCCAGUUCACAAACCAGCUAGAAGGGAUGCUCAAGGAUAUUGAGAUCUCAAGCGAUAUCAUGUCCGGCUUCAAGCAUUACAUUGCAGCGAAGCCAGGGAGCAUUGUGGACAUGAAUGUGCUGGUCCUCACCAGCGGCUUCUGGCCCAGCUACCGUGCUUUUGACUGUCUGCUGCCGACUGAGCUGGUUCGGGCUCAGAAGGAGUUUGCAGAAUACUAUCUUUCAAAGCACGGCGGUCGAAAGCUGGCAUGGCACAGCACCUCUAGCAACUGCGUAGUGCGAGCGCAGUUCCCGAUGGGAGUGAAAGAGCUGCAGGCAUCGUUGCACCAGGCCACCGUUCUGCUGCUGUUCAAUGAGAGCGAGCAGCUGACGUUUAGCGAAAUUCAGGCAGCUCUCAAAUUGGAAGAUAGCGAGCUGCGGCGCACUCUGGCCAGCUUGUCGUUGGCGAAAGAAAAGGUGCUGCGCAAGGAGCCGGCCAGCGCUGAAAUCGGCCCCCAGGAUGUGUUCAAGUUCAAUGAGGCCUACACCUCACGGCUCUUCCGUGUUAAGAUCAACAACCUGCAGAUGCAUGACAGCGAUGAGGACAGCAAGAAGACCAACGAGCAGGUGCUGCAGGACCGCUUCCAUCAGAUAGACGCUGCCAUUGUGCGCAUCAUGAAGAUGCGCAAGUCGCUCAGCCACAACCUACUCCUGGGCGAGCUGGCCUCGCAGCUGCGCUUCCCCACGGGGCAGGCAGAUGUGAAGAAGCGCAUAGAGUCACUGAUCGACAGAGAAUAUUUGCAGCGCGUGGAGCAUGGCUACGAGUACUUGGCAUGACUCCACAAAAAAUGCAAGAUGCUUGCAAAAACAAUGUAAGAUGCUUGCCAAUUC